ACCUACCUCGAGGCGGGGUGUCUGCUGGCUGCUCAGCCUGGUGCAGGGUGGGGACUGACUGCUUGGCAGUGCUGGUACUAGCCCAUUGAGGGCCUUAAGCAGGAAUAUUUUGCCCCCCCCCCCCUGCUCAUACAACUCCUGGAGCUGCUCCAGGUCUGAAGCAAUUGAUUUGUCUGGUUAUGCAUAAUGCUGGCUUUGCUGGCCAGAGUCGGGAAUGUGGGUGCUGCCAUUGGGUCUGAGAGCAGCUGGCUCAGCAGCCGUGGGACAGAGGCAUCCCUUGCCAGACAGGGCUGCUACGCUACUGCCCUGGCUCCCAGACACAGCUUCACACACACUAUGUGAUGUCAUAGUUCUCAGCUGCAAGUGUGUGCAGGGUGAAGCCCCCAUGGGCGUGGAGCGGAGCCUACAGAGCAGCCCUGCGGUGCUCUCUGCUUUUAAAACUGGACCAAGCAAAGGAGACAUGCUAGGAAGCAACGCUGCUAUCACCUGGGUACCAGCGGUGGGCCUAUCCCCACCUCCUUAGCCAACGUGAACAACUGCGGCCUUGACACAGCCUACAGAGCCUUGCCUGGGCCCUGCUAGCCCAUCAGCCCAUGGCAGCUGCACGGAGUUGAAGUCCUGCAAAUAACCCAUAUUGCUCUGUGGCGCAGAGGGAGACUUGCUCUGCAAGCCUGCCUGAGUGCACGGCAGGAGCCGGCUCUGUAAUGGUGGCUGCGCUGUGAGCGGCACAGACCCAGGGACCCCAGGCACGGCAGGCAGCGAGCGGCGGCGGCGGCAUGUCGGUGAACAUGGACGAGCUGAAGCACCAGGUCAUGAUCAACCAGUUCGUGCUGACCGCGGGCUGCGCCGCCGACCAGGCGAAGCAGCUGCUGCAGGCGGCGCACUGGCAGUUCGAGACUGCGCUCAGUGCUUUUUUCCAAGAAACAAACAUCCCCUACAGCCAUCACCAUCAGAUGAUGUGCACUCCAGCCAACACGCCCGCCACGCCCCCCAACUUCCCCGACGCCCUCACCAUGUUCUCCCGCCUCAAGGCCUCCGAGAGCUUCCACAGCAGCAGCCCUGUAGCAUCUAUGGCAACCUCCCCUCCUCCCCCACCCCCACCGCUCCCCCAGCCCGGGUGCUUCAAUCCAGCCUGGCCUGCAGCUCUCCCCUCCAGCCAGCAGCAGCAGCAGAGCAUGUGGACUUCACCCCCAUCCUCGCAGCCGUCGGGCUGGCCCGCCACAGUCUCCCAACAAGCCACGUCAGAACAGAAGGCCAAUGUGACCAUGGAGGCCGAGAGAUGAGGCCGCGGGGGAGCGGGAACACAAUGUGGGGAGGGCCCACAUGGCCCCAGCGUUCAUUUCCCUUUCCCCUUUCCGAGGAGGGGAGGAACUUUGUUGCCUCAGAGACUGGCAACCACAUUCAGACAGACAGACACAUGAGCAAAUAGCCACCUUGCAUGGGUUUGGUUUGAAGUAGUUUUUACUUGUCCUAGAGCUGACCGGAGCUCCCCAGAGACCCGGGGAGGCCACGCUGAAUGCAAGAGCCAUCUCUGGCUUCUGCUUCCCGGAGCCUGACUUUAUAGGAAUCUCUCAAUGAGGGGACCCCCCUCCCAUCUUUCCUGCUGGGAUGCUGGAUUUUUGCAUGCGAGUGACUUUUGGGGGGGAGUGGUCAAUCUCUUCUUCAUGACCCACUUCUCCCUCCUAGCACCUGGAGGGGUCCCACUGGCAGGCAGAAUGGGACUGUGGGUAAUACACAUCUCCCCCACCCUACACGGCUCCCCCAACCCCACUGAAGGGUUUUUUUUUAAAGAAAAAUUGAAAAAAUCAAUUUCUGCUCAGCUGUGGGCCUCGAACCCAUGCACUGAGCUUGCAUUGUACUGAGAAGGAGGUGAAUGGGGGCUCCUUUGGAGAAAUAUAGCCACUUGUUUUCUAUGACCCCAGCUUUCUGCUUUCCCCAGGGCGGGGACCUGCACCCCCUCUCAGAGCCUGGGGGAUCAGAUUCCCAUUGAGACGUGUGGGUGAGGCUGGCUGGGCGCAACUGGGCAGUCUCAUGCCGCCGGGAUGGGGGGCUGGCGCCCUUUGCAUGACAGCGUAUGCCCCAUGGAGGCUGGGCUUGCUUUGACACCCUCUGUUCUUUGCUCCCUGCGGGGGGAAGGCCCUUCGGAUGCGCUCUGGCGGCACCAGGCCUGGGCAUUCCGCAGUGGCCGCUUGCAAUACACGCUCUUCUGCUUUGAA